AUGGUCAACGCAGUCGGCGUAGUUAUUCUCUGUGGGCUUUUCCACAUCAGUGUUUCCCAAUCAAAUGAGGAAGAUGUCCUGCCGGACUUAAAUCACUUAGAGAAACUCAGGUCCCUGGAAUUUGAGUUUGCCAAAGGCUUUCAGGAUUUUGGAGCAAUCGACUCUGAAUUGCCAAGUGAUGAUGAUCGGUGCAUUGAAGAUAUGGCUGCAUUAACGGCGGGACUUCAGAAAGGUCAACUCUGGGCCUUGAAAAUGAUGGACUCUUGGGGCUCCACACCCUCUGGUAUGCUGACCGGGAAUUUUUACGACCUCGGAAACUUCGACGAGUGCAUCAAAAUCAGAACAGAAGUCAGCCAGAACAGAACCAUCCAAGGCAAAUACUGUUUCCGUUCGGUGAAUUUGGUGGGCAAAAGUGGCACUUGCAUACCGGCAUCUUGUUCGGCGGCCCAGAUGAAGAGCUAUGUGGGUCAACUGGCGAAGUUGUCACCCAAAUCGGGGAUCCCCAGCACCGGCAUAACAGUCAGCGAUUCCAGUUGCCAGACCAGCGAAAGUGAACCCUGGGAUGGACUCACCAUUUUUAUGGUAACUAUCUUAUCGGUGUUGGGUUCCCUGGUGGCUUUGUUUACGCUGUGGGACUAUUUUCUAAUCACGGAUCAAGAUAGGAUUCCUGCAAUCGUAAAGGUCUUUUCGGCCAGGGUCAACUCCCGCACGCUCUUUCGCGUUGUGGAAAACGCAUCGAAUCCCAAUGCAAUCCACUGCCUACAUGGAAUUCGGUGCCUGUCCCUCAUGUGGGUGCUCUUCUGCCAUCAAUACAUAAUGGAUAUCGUGUCGACUAAUAUUAAUAUGUUCAGUGUUGUAUCGUGGGAGAGGACGCCCUUUGCCAGUUUAAUCAUGAAUGGCUUUUACUCAGUGGACUCGUUUUUCAUGCUCGGCGGCUUGUUGGUGGCCUUGAUUACGCUGCGAUUAAUGGAUAGAACUAAAGGGAAACUAAAUGUGCCUUUGAUGUACCUACAUCGCUUGAUCCGCAUAGUGCCCCUUUUGGGAAUGGCCAUCGUUAUCUACAUGACCCUCAUGCCAGUCAUAUCAGGCGGACCACUUUUUGUGGGUGGUUUCGGUGGAAAGGCGACGUGUGAAGACAGUUGGUACUGGACAUUGCUGUUCGUGAAUAACUAUACCAGCAAAAUCUGCCUCGGCCAUACUUGGUAUUUGUCGGUGGACAUGCAGCUGUUCCUCAUCUCCCCGCUCCUGCUGAUCGCUCUCUACAAUUGGGGCAAGAAGGCUGCCGCUGGGAUAUUCGUCCUCAUAGUCCUGCUUUCCGGCUGCCUCUUUGCCACCAUGAUGGUCAACGACUACUCGAUGACGUUCAAGGACAUAUCCUCCGAUGCCAUGAAGUCCAUUUACUUCGCCACCCAUACUCAUGCUCAGCCGUGGCUGAUUGGCUUCCUCUUCGGCUACUUCCUGCACCUGAGCAGGGGCAAGAAGUUCCAGCUGAACUGGGUGGCAGUAUGGGGAGGAUGGAUCCUCAGCCUGGCCCUAAUCUUCACCUCGAUCUUCGCACUCUACCCGGCGGCCCAGAAGGGUGCUCCCGCACUGACCACCUUGGAGAACUCCUUCUACUACACUCUCACCCGAUUGGGAUGGCCCAUGGCCUUGUGCUGGGUGGUCUUCGCCUGCAUGCAGGGAUACGGAGGACUGGCCAACAGUUUGCUAUCAUCACCCCUGUGGCAACCACUCUCCAGACUUUCCUACGCCGUCUACAUUUGGCACGAGUUCUUCCAGGAGAUUAACUCCCGAAGUGUCAGGACAGUUUCCUACUUCUCGGAUUACAGAACGAUGGUUAACUUUUGGGCAACCUUUGGCUUCACACUGCUGUUUUCCUAUUUGACCUACUUGCUCAUUGAGGCCCCAUUCAGUGGGCUUGACCUUUUCCUGAGGCCAAAAGAAAAACGCCCUCCUGUUAUCAAUCAAAAGUCAAUAAUCAGUGAUAACGCAAUCAGUGACCUAGAAAAUGCUAACGAAACCACUCCCACAACUGAUGCAGAUCAGGAACCAAAGUAAUCUAAAGUUUUGGAAGUCUUCGUAUUGAAUUAAAGUUGAAUGCAAAAAUUAAGUGUUUGUUUAUUGUUCAUAAAUCUAUAUACUUAAAUUUGUUAUUGUGCUCCCAAAAGUAACUAUUUCGAAGACAAUUUUACUAAAAAAUAGUAAGCCAACGACGGCCAAAUAUGAACAAUUUAUAUUUUGUAUAGUUACAAAGCUCUGCGCAUUGGUCAAUGAAACACAAAAUUUACUGUUAUAAUGAUAGUUAAAAUACACACAAAUUAUUCUUCCCCCUGAACGACCCAAAACACAAUCCCAAUGAAAACCGAAAUUCUACUAUGAUAUAAGUUUAUUUUUUAUUUAAAACAAUGUAUGUUACUUUACUUAGUAUGUAGUUUUUAGAUAAAAUAUUU